GAAUCCGGCGAAGUGUUAUCAUAACAGCCAACAACUGUACAAGAAGACUACACCUGGAACGACGGAGUUAAUGAUUGUUUCAUCAUCUGCGGGUCUAUUCUUCUGCACUAGGAAGUUAAGGGGAGGUGCCAUACCGAGGUGACAUGACUUUGCUUCACGAAUGUAACAAUUAGGCGAACCUUGAUGAAAUCAGAUUGGUUGCAAUUAAUAUGCGGCGGCAGAACGCAGUUGGUGCGUGUAACCUAGUUCUGCAGCCACAUCCAGUUGAAUCAUUUCAUUGAAGAGGAUGAUUUAAAUUGAUAUUCACUAGUCGAUUUUGUGCUAUUUUGAAGGCAAUCAGUGAUAUAAUUCGUUUCAAAUUAAAUGGAAUCUUAUUUGCAAAAAUUUAAAGGGCAGAAUCUGGGAAUGCUGAAUUGAUUGGAGACCAUCGGAAUUGCCCGCCCUGUGUCAUUCAUUACCUGUUGUGCAGGCACGGAAUUUUCACGCGCUGUUCUAGCAAUCAAACAGCUGAACAGCCUUGUCUCGGCGGCACGUGCAAACCGUCCGCUCCACCACUUCCCAUCUGCGCUCUGGGCACUUCAAAUGAGGACCGCGUCCGGAGCGUAUUCUAUGUGAAGCUGCGAAAACGGGCAAUUCCUUCGGUCUCUCCCGUCUGCAGUGAGGCAAGGACGAAAAGUCACGGUUUGGCCGAGCUGCAGCCAUGGACCAGGACGAGAACAAGAGCGUCUCGAAAAAGACCAUAAUCGCAAAGAUUUUCAAAGUUCGCAAGAGGAGAGAGAUGCUUUUCGUGCAAGUGUGUUUUCUCUGCAGUGUCCUCUUCAUGGCGUGGAGCAUGUCAGCACUUCUGACAAAGACAGGCCAUGGAAUGAUCCUGGAGAAUGGACACGAGAAGCACGAACAUUGGGGAAGGAGGCUCAUGGGACAUGAACCCGACAAUGAGACCGAGUGGAAGAACUGCACAGAGCCAGCGAUCAAGGAGUUCCCUGAAGACCUUUUCACCAACAACGAGCGCAAGAGUGGGGCCGUCCUGCUGCACAUAGUGGCGGCCCUCUAUAUGUUCCUGGCCUUGGCUAUAAUCUGUGAUGACUACUUUGUGACAUCGCUGGAGAAGAUCUGUGAGAAACUAGACCUAAGUGAGGAUGUUGCCGGAGCCACUUUUAUGGCAGCUGGGAGUUCUGCUCCAGAGCUGUUUGCCUCUGUCAUUGGUGUCUUCAUCACCCACGGUGAUGUGGGGGUUGGGACAAUCGUUGGCUCAGCCGUCUUUAAUAUCCUGUGCAUCAUCGGUGUGUGCGGAAUCUUCGCCGGACAGGUCGUAAUGUUGGGUUGGUGGUCUGUUUUCCGAGAUUCAUUCUACUACAUCUUGUCUAUCCUAGCUCUUAUUGCAUUCAUUUACGAUGAGAAGGUGGUGUGGUGGGAGAGCCUGGUGUUGGUGCUCAUGUACUGUGGAUACAUCCUCAUCAUGAAGUUUAACCAGAGCUUGCAGAAGUUGUUCACGGGGAAAGGGGGUAAAGACCAGAACCAGGCCAACGGUAACGCUGCGGCCAGCAGCGAGAUGGAGGAUGUUAAGCCCAGUAAGGCUUAUAGUCGUGGCUCUGUGGUCAUGGUCGAUGAGAUUAUGCACGCCAGCCCUCCCAAGUUACGCUUCCCAGAGGCUGGCCUCCGCGUCAUGGUCACCAGCCAUUUUGGACCAAAGACCCGGCUGCGCAUGGCCAGUCGCCUCAUAAUCACUGAGCGUCAGAAGCUAGUCCAGGGUGCCAACGGGGUGGAGACCCAGGUUCUGGAGGGGAAGGUGGACAUUGAGAAUGGCAACGUGCCCGAAGACAAACCAGCAGAGGAGGAGCAGGAGAAUGAAACCAUCUCCCCCUUUCAUAUCCCUGAUGGCAUCGGCAGCAAGUGCAAGUGGCUGAUCUCGUGGCCCCUGCUGCUCCUCCUGUUCUUCACCAUCCCCAACUGUGCGAAGCCUCGCUGGGAGAAGUUCUUCAUGGUCUCCUUCUUCCUUUCUACCGUCUGGAUCGCUGUCUUCUCCUACUUCAUGGUCUGGAUGGUCACCAUCAUCGGCUACACCCUUGGCAUCCCAGAUGUCAUUAUGGGAAUCACCUUCCUGGCAGCCGGCACCAGUGUUCCAGACUGCAUCGCCAGUCUCAUUGUUGCUCGGCAAGGAUUGGGUGACAUGGCAGUGUCCAACACCAUCGGCAGUAAUGUGUUUGAUAUCCUGGUUGGGCUGGGCGUUCCUUGGGCACUACAGACCAUGGCGGUCAGCUACGGCUCCGAGGUCAUGAUCAACAGUCGAGGACUGGUCUACUCUGUCGUGUUGCUACUGGGAUCUGUGGCUUUGACGGUGGGGGGGAUUCACGUGAACCACUGGAAGCUGGAUCUGAAGCUGGGUAUCUACACGCUGGUCCUCUACGCUGUCUUCCUGUGUUUCUCCAUCAUGAUCGAGUACAACGUGUUCACCUUCGUCAACCUGCCCAUGUGCAUGGAGGAGUAGCUGGACCACGCCCACCUCAACUAGGAAGCUCCACUCAACUCCUAACGGCAACCAAUCACAAUCAACUUUCCACAUCCUCCACCACGUUACUAAACCUGGUUAUCUCCUGUUUGACAGGUCACCUUUCAUUUUCAUAACAGACCUGUUGACCUCUUGAUCUGAUCCUGGUCUUUAAAUAUUUUAUUUCCCUGUGCUUGGACUCACUUUCCCAUGAGGCUUUGUUCUGAGGAGUGGACAGACGCAUUAAACGAACUGGACCCAUUUUCAGACUACUCCAUUCCCCCAUCCACACGAUCUGUAGUCUGACUGGCUUUCCUUAGCCUUCCCCCACAGGCCCUAGAAUCAACCCUACAGUAGUCUGCCUCUUACAAACAACCCAAACAUACCUCUGUCCAAGUUAGGGUUAGUCCUGACCCUCAACAUUGACCCUCACCCCUUCUCCUACUCUUCCCCCAUCCAAACUUCUCCUCUUCUCAUCCCCACCCCACCGAUCCACCCAAAGACCCUACGGAGAAUACACAACCUCACCCUAAAACUCUACCUCUCCCCCGACUCCUGCUUGUACCCUCAACCUUUGGAGGGGGAACUCUCCUCCUCCUCUUUCAGACCUGGACCCCUCAGACAUAGUCCGAACUUUGACUUUUUCCAGAUGGCUUCGUCCCACCCCUCUGCAGCAGACACUCAUCUUUCACUGCUAUCUACUCUAAGUUUUCUCUUCUCUCCAUCAACACUUAAAGACAUUUUGUCAGGAAGCUUUGUGUCUCUGACUACCAGAAGAGUCAUGUAUAUUUGUCAGGAAGCUUUGUGUCUCUGACUACCAGAAGAGUCAUGUAUAUUUGUCAGGAAGCUUUGUGUCUCUGACUACCAGAAGAGUCAUGUAUAUUUGCAGCACAAUGGAAAACUUAUCAACAUCUUUUUUCUUCUUGUUUUUGUAUCGUAUUUUUGUUUUAUAGAGUUUAAAAAUGACUACAAAAUACUUUUGAGAGCUUGUUGCAAUCACAAAGGACAUUGCCUGUUUCACAGUAAUGAAUUAGCACACAGAGAAAAUACUUUUAUUGUAAGGACAUUUGGCUCCCCCUCGAAGGGUGGUGUCUGGCUCAUGGCGGCAACUCCAAAAUCCGUGGUGCUGAAAUUUCAGCCUUUUUUUUCUUGUUCUGAGAGAUCACACACACCCCCUCAGACUGCACAACCAUGAAGAGAAGAAACACCUGCUCCAGAGUUGGGAGAAAUCUUUUGGACGGUGUCCAUAUUCGGACGUCUUUGGACGGUAGCAUGUAUAUGUAUCGUGUUACAGAUGAGAUUCGGUCUGUUCUUUUGUCUGCUCGACCCCUUUUGACCACCAGGGGGCAAUGUCCCCUCACUGAUCUAUCUGCAUGGCAGGGGUCUCAAGCAACCGCAGCCGUUUGGUUAUCAGGGAAUAUCUGGAGCCUCCGCAGAUCCAGUAGGGGGCGACAUAGGUGUUCUCUCUCUGAAUUACAUGUAGAUAUUGCACUUUAAAACAAGCAAAGCUGUCCUACUUUCUGAAUCAAAUAGUGCUUCCUGUGUGUGUGGGGGGGUUGGGGGGUUGUUGUGUAUGUACUGUGUGUUUGUGUGAGAGAAUGACGAGGGUGUGUGCUGACUUGCAGGCUCGCGCCCAGCUUGGUCUCACCGCCUCCCCCUUCCCCAAUCCCCUAUAGACUUGAACCUCUAACAUCGUGAACACAUACCCAUUUCUGUCUGCAGUGCAAUGCAUGUUGGGACAAUAAAUGCAGGCUCCUCCAUGGCACGACCCACCCCCCCACCUGGCAACCACUUUAUAAAUAAACGGCAGCUACAUGCUACUGCAAUCUAAGACAUUUGACAUCAUGCAAAAACACCUGCAGGAACUUAGUCUACAAUAAGCUGGAGAGACUUGCAUUGAUAGGGGAGUGUUAAAGAUGAGGACUUAUCUUUCCCUUUGUGUUGGCAGCAGGUACUUGUAUAUGCAAUCUCAAUGUAAUGUGUGUUGGACUCUGGAGGAACUCCAUUGGUGUUGCCAUAAUGUUAGUGGUUAAUAUGAGCUCACUGGUCUGAAUGACCCGCUAAAGGACCGAGCCAGAGGACAUGGAGGAAAGGUUCUGGAACUGGAGAUUCUGUGUGUGCGGGGGAGUCUGACCCUCUGGUACAAGGGCAUUACUCAAUCACCAACUCUACCUGAGGAGCGGAGGGGAAGGACUCCUGCUGGGAAACACCCCCCCCCAGGCUGGCUACAGAUGGUUUAGUCCAGAAUCCUCUGAACUUUCUGGAAGUUUUCCUUCUCCAUGGACGAACUUUGUGAGAUGAGAUCUCCACUCUGUAUGAAGGACCUGAGGAGCAGACAUUUUAGUAGCAGGACCCCUAAACUGAUACCCUGGGGGGGGGUAGACUCGCUGUGUUCAAGACUCUACUGCCCCCCCCCCCCCUUAUCCUCCCUUCUCCUCAUCACACCCCGAUGCUCUCUCUGAACCCCCCUUCUGGACCAUCAGUUUAUAGCAGUUACCCCCACUGCUCUGUAUAUACCCCAGUGGGUCUUUUCCCCAUAGUGUUCUCUGCUAGUGCCAUUCUGAUUGUCAUUGUUGUCUUUGCAACGAUCACUGCAUUCUUAAUCUUUUCACUGGUUCUUAUUAACUGUAAACAUACAUAGAUAUUUUUUGAACAUCUGAUGCUCGCUGUUUGGGUCUAGAGUCGAUCUGAUUUCCUUUGUACAUUUCCCUUUGUUUGUCUUGCUUUUGAGCGGUGUACAACACCUGUGUGGUCAUGUCCUUGGUCCAAUCCCCAAUGGACCCCUAGACCCUACGCCCUAGGUACUUGUGGAGAGUUGAGUGUUUAACAGCUGUCAGUAAUCGCUCCACAUUGCUCAGUAGUUUCACCAUAUUGCGCUAAUACCAGUCAAAUCCUCUCAGAUCUCCACUAGUGUAUAGGGUCUAGGGGUUGCUUUAAAUUGGGCCCUCGGUGCCAGGUUCUGAGAGGUGACAACGGGUGUAUUCAUUAGUUAGACUGCUGCAAAAAUGUUUUGAAACUGAAACUGUUUACUUUAAACGGAUAAUGUUUUGCAACGAAAACGAGAGUUUCUAUUGGACAAAUUCAGGUAAGUCCCUCCCUGUUUGGUUCCUAGAGUAAACGGUUUCCGUUAAAUAAAUGUUUUGCAACAGUCAAAACGAUUUGUAACGGUCUGCACCUAAUGAAUACACCUCACCACAGCAGGUCACACUGCUCUUCCUGCUUGACUAUCCUAACUCCUCUAACACCCACACACAUGUCACCGUGGAAUAAUUCUCUGGGCAAUCUGCCACAACUUUAUCACUGUUUAAAAAGAAGUAGAAUUCAGAUGCCAUAAACGUCAUAGCUCUGCAUCGAAAAUACAGAUUGUAUGGAAACCAUGUUGUACAAAAUAAAAGUGCACAAAUCUACACACAACCCCCCCCCUAUGGCAAAAAUGACCAUGAACCUAAUUUAUAAUCUAGUAGUGUGAUUUAAUUAAACUUUUCCUCAGUGUGUGUUAAGACUGUAUUGCUCUGUGUACUAAACUAUAGUUAAAUCAUCUCUUUAUAGCACACAUUGUUGAAGAAAAGUUAAUUGUCAAACUAACAGAUUAUAGAGGGUUACUGAAUUUUUUUUUUUUGCACUCUGCAACAAUUUGUUUGCACUAUGAAAAUGUUGCGCGCACACACACACACGUUCAAUAACUAUGACUUCUCAACACCAGAUUGGAGCCGUAUGUAAUUGUAUUGAAUGAAUGAAACGACCUGAUGCACUGUGAGCUCAAUGUGAUGUGGGAGUCAUUUGUCAACCAAUAAAAAUGAGACAUAAAACAUAAUGAUAAUAUAUUUAAUGUAAAGUUAGUUCAUAUGAAACAUUUAUCGAAAACAUCUGUAUAACUUAUAUGAAUGUAUUGUCUCGCUAUACUGGACAUAUCCAACCAAUGCAUUUUACUGUAAAGCAAUAAUGUGAAAAAAUUAAAUUGCAAAAAUAAU